AUGCAAUAUUAUUUGAUUACACUAAAUAUUCCAGGCUGGUCUGUAAAUACAAGCAGAGAUUUGCGGCUCUAUGUGCUGCCAGAGAAUUUGACAGCAAUUAUUCCUCAACCAGAUAUUUGUAGUGAAAAGCUGUUUCUCCUCAUUGUUGUAUGCUCAGCUGUUGGUAACUUUGAAGCUCGAGCAGCGAUCAGGCAGACAUGGGCAUCUGCACCUAUUGUUUCUGACAAAACUAGUGCUGUAAGAGUAGCAUUUCUACUUGGUGUAUCAAAACACAAUACUCUGCAGGAGCAGGUUGAAAAAGAGAGUGUUCUGCACAAAGAUAUAAUCCAAGAAGACUUUUUGGACACAUAUUAUAACUUGACUUUAAAAACUGUCAUGUUACUGAAAUGGACUAUUAAAAACUGCCCAUUUGUUCAUUACAUCAUGAAAGCAGAUGAUAACACAUUUAUCAAUAUUGAAAGCCUUGUGCAUUUGCUCCAUUCUAAAGGUACAACUGGUUUAUUGAUGGGUGAUCUUAUUUGUGGUGCACAUCCAGUUUCAGACUCGCACAGAAAAAUGUAUGCUCCAAGUUAUAUGUAUCCUAGAAGAGUCUACCCAAAUUACCUAUCUGGUGCAGGAUAUGUAAUGUCAAAUGAUGUUGUGAAACAAUUGUACACAGCAGCUCUACAGACUCAGCUCUUCCAUCUGGAGGAUGUAUAUGUGACAGGACUGUGUUCCAGAGCAGCUGGUAUUCGUCCACGUGAUCAUCCUGCUUUCACAUAUAGACGUCGUAAAAUUAUUCCUUGUUUGUUGCGUGAUCGUUCAGUUGUCACCAGCCACAACAUGGAAAGUGCUCACCUUCUGGAGAUUUGGCCUCGCAUUCAGGACCCAAAUCUUGAUUGCUCAAAUUUCAAUGCAUCACAGUAUGCGAAGUACAAGAACAAGAAGUGCAACGUUCAACUUUGA